AUGAGCAUGGUAAAGAGCCUAGAGCGGCUGGAGCAGCGGCUGGCUGUGAUGGUGGCUGCCCAGGAGAGCUGGAGUGAUGAGCAGGUCUCAGCCUGGACCAUUGUGGAUCGUUGGGGCCAUUCCCAGAUCCCAGAUCCUGUUAUCCUGCAGCACUCGCUCUGUCCCGACACUCGGGCCAGCAUGAAAAAGGACAAGAACCACGGCCGGGAGGAGGCGGAUUGCCGGGCCGAGCUCAUCCUCAUCAAUGGGGACUGCAGCAAUCCCAGUAAGGACGAGCCCACCCUUGUCCUGGAAGCCAACGGGAAGCCCGAUGCCCCAGAUGCUGGGAAUCUGGGAGUGACCCCCCUCGGGAGCAAGAGGCUGAGCAAGGAGCUCUCCAAGGAGGAACUGCCCUGGCCGCUGGCGCUGGCCGAGGCGCAGGAGGAUGGGAAGGAGUUUGGCAUCGGGGAGCUCGUCUGGGGGAAGAUCAAGGGCUUCUCCUGGUGGCCUGCGAUCGUUGUGUCCUACCGGGCCACCUCCAAGCGGCAGGCCGUGUCCGGCAUGCGCUGGGUGCAGUGGUUCGGAGACGGGAAGUUCUCAGAGGUGUCAGCGGACAAGCUGGUGGGACUGAUGGCCUUCAGGCAGCAUUUCAACUCCUCCACGUUCAAUAAGCUGGUGUCCUACCGGCGAGCUGUCUACCACGCUCUGGAGGUUGCGAAGAGCCGCUCAGGGAAGACGUUUGCAACCAGCCCCGGGGAGUCCCUGGAGGAGCAGCUGAAGCCCAUGAUCGACUGGGCCCUCACCGGCUUCAAGCCCUUGGGCUUCAAGGGGCUGAGACCCCCUAAAAUCCCAGAGAGCGGGGCGCUGCGGAACGGCACCGAGGAGGUGCUGCCCCUCGAGCACUGUCCCCCCACCAAGAGGCUAAAGACCAACCCCUGCAACAACAGCAAGGAGCAGCGGGUGGAGGAGGACCAGAGUCGAGAGCAAAUGGUUUCUGAAGUUACGAACAACAGUGGGAGCCUCGAAGGUAGUUGGGCCGCAGGGCCGGGCCGACCCUCCGCUCCGUUCCGCCAGGACAGAUUCCUGGAGCUCUUCUACCUGUAUGACGAGGACGGCUACCAGUCGUACUGCACGGUGUGCUGCGAGGGCAAGGAGCUGCUGCUCUGCAGCAACGCCAGCUGCUGGUACCUGGUGCUCAAGGACCUGGGCAUUAAGGUGGAGAAGUACAUCGCGUCCGAGAUCUGCGAGGACCCCAUCGCGGUGGGCACUGUGCGGCACGAGGGCGACAUCACCUACGUGCACGACGUCAGGAACAUCACCAAGAGAAACGGGGGGACACGCGGCCCCGCGCGGCCCCUCGUGCCGGGCAGCUCCUCACGCCAUGCUGCGUCCUCCCGCGCAGAAGGAACCGGGCGGCUCUUCUUCGAAUUCUACCACCUGCUCAACUACGCGCGGCCCAAGGCGGGGGAGGAACGGCCCUUCUUCUGGAUGUUCGAGAACGUGGUGGCCAUGAGGGUCAAUGACAAGAGGGACAUUUCUCGGUUUCUGGAGUGUAACCCAGUUAUGAUCGACGCUAUCAAGAUAUCAGCAACCCACAGAGCCCGCUAUUUCUGGGGCAACCUGCCGGGGAUGAACAGGAUCUUCGGCUUCCCCGUCCACUACACAGAGGUCUCCAACAUCGGCCGCGGUGCCCGCCAGAAGGUGCUCGGGAGGUCUUGGAGUGUCCCCGUCAUCCGGCACCUCUUCUCCCCACUCAAGGAUUACUUUGCCUGCGAAUAGCAAGCAGAGCUCGCCUUGUCUCUCUGGUGAAGAUGCAGAGCUCCACUGCCUUUGUGGGAGAGGGACGGACAGAGAGCCCCGACCUCCUCCAACCCCACGGCUCCCUGCACUCCAUCCCUCCCCGGCCAUGCUGCGGGAAGGAGCGUGGCCCACAGGGAGAGCUUAGGAAAUGUCUUUAACCAAAG